AAUGCGGAAAUAUUCGCAUGUCGAACAUUGGAAUGCCAAACAUGCGCAGCAAUCCUACUCAAACGUAUCAAAGAAAUUGGAAUGGUACCAUGGAAUUUACAAGUUUCUAUUCCAUCACCAACAUUUAUUGAUCCAAGAUAUUGUCGAAGACUACGAUUUUUGAAAUCAUUUCCA